GCUGAAGAGGACGCGGAGCGCGGCGUCGCGGGCGGCGGGGGGCGAGGCGGAGCGGCGGCGGCAGCUGCCCCCCGCCGGGCUGGAGUCCUGCCUGAGGAUCGCGGAUCGCCUUUAUUUUGCAAUUCUCUACCAAAAACCAAAGAGUGGAGCUGCAAAUACCCAUUAUUUCUGCAUAGAUGAUGAACUUGUGUAUGAGAACUUCUAUGCUGACUUUGGACCACUCAAUCUGGCAAUGAUCUACAGAUACUGCUGCAAGCUAAAUAAGAAAUUAAAGUCAUUUUCAUUGAUAAGGAAGAAAAUAAUUCAUUAUACUGGCUUUGAUCAGAAAAAGCAGGCGAAUGCUGCAUUCCUCAUAGGCUCCUACGCAAUAAUAUACCUGAGAGAAUCCCCAGAAGAAGUGUACAGGCUUAUAUUGUCAGGAAAUGUUUCAUAUCUUCCUUUCAGGGAUGCUUCCUUUGGUACGUGCAGCUUUCAUCUGACAUUACUGGACUGUUUUCAUGCAAUAAACAAGGCUUUGCAACAUGGUUUCCUGGAUUUUAGUACAUUUGAUGUAAAUGAAUAUGAGCAUUAUGAAAGAGCAGAAAAUGGAGAUUUUAACUGGAUAAUACCAAACAAAUUCAUUGCCUUCAGUGGACCUCAUUCAAGAAGUAAAAUUGAAAAUGGCUAUCCCCACCAUGCUCCAGAGGCUUAUUUCCCAUACUUCAAGCAACAUAAGGUCACCACUAUAAUACGCCUCAACAAAAAACUGUAUGAUGCCAAACGAUUUACAGAUGCUGGAUUUGAGCAUUUUGAUCUCUUCUUUGCUGAUGGAAGUACACCUAGUGAUACUAUAGUUAAAACAUUUCUAAAUAUUUGUGAAAAUGCUGAAGGUGUAAUAGCUGUUCAUUGCAAAGCUGGUCUUGGACGAACUGGCACACUUAUUGCUUGUUACAUCAUGAAGCACUAUCGGAUGACAGCUGCUGAAACUAUUGCCUGGAUCAGAAUAAAUAGACCUGGUUCUGUGAUUGGGCCACAACAGCAUUUCCUGAUGGACAAACAGGCAGAACUUUGGACAGAAGGGGAUAUUUUCCGUGCAAAGUUGAAACGAAACCAUAAAAUUGCUGUAACAAGAAUUCUGUCAGGAGUAGAUGAUAUUUCAAUUAAUAACACAAGAAACAGGAGAACCAUCCAAAAGGACAUUGAACUGUACAGUGAUGAUGAUGAAACAAGCUGUUUAACACAAGGGGAUAAGCUUCGUGCUCUGAAAAGCAAAAGGCAAGCAAAAACUCCAUCUCCACUAGCAGUAACUCUGCAGUCCAGUGUUCAGAAAAGUAAAACCUCUGAACCUAGCAUUUGUGACAGUACAGACAUUACUAAAAGAACUACCAGGUCUGCUGCAAGAAAAAACAGUUUUAAAAGCCAAUCCGUCACAAAGACUAGAACAGUACUGCGGUGA